CACUUGUGACUUGUGAGACUCUUGCUUGCAUAUUAUCUUUCAGAGUUCAGUGUGCAAUAUUCUUAUCAAAUUAAAAAUUGGAAUUGAGAUAGAUCAUAGAUGGCUUGUGUUGCUUUAGCUUCUCUGAUUGGAACCAUUGAGAUUGAGUUUGUGCAACCCACCCCAAGGGUACGGCUGUCUCCCCAUGAUUCGCCACUAAUCAUAUCUAUCAUUGAAAACCUAUCUUGUUUGCAAGCCUUUCUCCAGAAGAAAUCCAGUGGAGAUGGAGAUGGAGAUGCACUCAGAGAAUUGGAAAUCCAAAUCAGAGACUUUGCAAUCAAAGCUGAAGACGACAUUGAAUUACAACUUAGCAACAUCCUUCACGCUGAAGACCGGAGGGAGUAUCGAGAAAAAGCUUCCGAUGAACUCCAUCAAACACUGGAAGAAGCUGCGAAAAAUGCAACAAAGCUGUUGGAGUCAUGUGUAAGUGAGAGAGAGAUGGCUAGUGUUGCUUUAACUAUUCUCAUCAAAAAAUUUAGGCAUUACUUUUGGCAACACUCCCCAACGGUGUAUGGUGGUGAUGUAGCUGCAACGUUAUCUUUCUUACGAAAGCUUUCUUCUCUGCGAGAUUGCUUAUUGCAAGGGAAUUCCAUUUCUGGUGCUGCUAUCAAAAAAUUGGAAACCAAAAUCAGAAUCUUCGCACUCGAAGCUGAACAUGACCUAGAAAUACAACUAAGCAACUUCCUUCAAGCCAAACACACCUCCAAAGAAGAAUCUAAUUCCCAGAAGCUCCAUCAAACCUUGGGAAAAGCAGCCGAAAUUGCGGCAAAGUUGUUCCAGAUUAUCGACAGAGAAAAAGAGCAUGAGAAAGAGAGGGAGGUGAAUUGUGAUGCUUUAGCUUCUCUCAGGAAAACAAUUGAUAAGAUGGAGUUAUCAAUGACGUCUCUUCAUGAUAAAGAUAAAAAUAAAGCGGGAAUCAAAUCUAAUUUAUUGGAAAAGCUUUCUUCUUUGCAACUCUUUCUGCACAAGGAAUCCAAUGGUGGAGGUGGAGGUGGGGGUGGAGGUGGGGAUGGAAUGAAAGAUUUGGAAACUAUUGUUGAAAACUUUGCACUCAAAGCUAGACAUGACAUCAAUCUACAACUAAACAGUCUUCUUCAGGCUAAAGAUACAGAGUUUGAAGAAAAAGUUUCACAGGAACUCCAUCUGACCAUGCAAGAAGUAGCAGAAACCGUAGCAGAGUUAUUGAACACAAUCAACUGUAGAAGAAGCAAUGAAGUUGAUGAUGAUGAGGCAAAUGAAACUCAACCAUGGUUAAAACAUUCUGCUGAUGCUUCCAAGUAUGAUGGAUCCUCCUUGCAUGGCUUUCUAAAGCCUGAGGGCAGAAUGGUUGGUCGUCUCCAUGAUAAUAGAGUGAUAAAGAACCAACUAAUCUCUUUCCAGUUUGGACUAAAGAUAAUCUCAAUUGUUGGAAUGGUGGGUAUUGGAAAGACUACUCUAGCAAGAUAUGUGUAUGAUGAUGCAUCAGUUGCAUCCUAUUUCGAUGUAAGAAGUUGGGUUACUAUACCUCCUCAACACUACAAUAAGAGACGAAUACUAAUCCAACUUCUUAAGUCAAUUAAGCCAGAGGAGCCAAAUAUAAUUAAAAAGGGAAGCACUCCAGUUGAACUACAAAUGCAGGUACGCAAUUGCUUACGUGGUAGGAAGUAUCUAAUUGUUUUGGACAACAUUAUGAGCGGUGAAGCUUACACUGACAUCAUAAAUUUGGUUCCCGAUGACAAAGUUGGAAGUCGCAUAUUACAAACCACUAGACACUUUGACCAACAUACCAACGGGAAAAUGUAUGUCCAUCACAUGAUGUUGCUAGACCCAAAAGAAAGCUGGGAACUAUUUGGUAAUAUCCUUUCUAUUGAAGAGCACUUGGCCCCUAAAUUUGAAAAAAUUAGGAACCAUGUUGUGGAGAAAUGUGAUGGAUUACCACAAUUAAUUGUUGAAGUUGCCAAGCGUUUAUCUAAAUGCAAUAACAUAAAACAAGGGUGGAAGAAGAUUGAAAAGGAAUUAGAGUCAUUGGGACUUCUAGAUCGCAAUGCACUCAGUGUUAGUUACAAUAUGUUGCCACAUCAUUUGAAAGUUUGCUUUCUAUACUUUGGAGUCUUCCCAAAACGUAAAAAAAUUCUGGUUAAAAUGCUUAUAAGGUUGUGGAUUGCCGAGGGAUUUGUGACGCUAUUGAAACAUAAGGAGUUAGAAGAUGAAGCUUAUGAGUACUUACAAGAGCUUACUGAUACAAGUCUUCUCUUAAUUGAAGAUCAAAGUUGUAACGACAAAAUAAAGACUUGUAGAAUGCACAGUGCUAUGCAUAGCUUCUGUGUAGUAGAAGCUCAGAAAGAAGGUAUUUUAUGUGCAGUAAAUACUCAGCAACAUCUAGGAUUGUCUUUAAAAGCAUUUGCAAAUUCCUGUCGUUGGCUAAGUUUGUACUCACACAGUUUUGACUAUUAUGUGCUCUUUGGUACAAACAUCCCUCGCUCCAUUUUCUUUUUCCAUGACAAUCCUGAAAUGUUUGUUCCUCCCAAGUUGUUAAGAGUUUUGGCUUUUGAUACUUCUAUAUCAUUUCAAAGAGUGCCAGUGCAAUUAGGGGGUUUAGUUUUUCUGAGAUACCUAUCCAUAACACAAUGGUUCAAGGAUCUGGAUGAUGUAGUGUCAAAUAAUCCAAAUUUAGAGACACUUGUUGUUUCCGGUAAUGGAGCACCAACUGUCCAUUUGCCAUCUAAUAUUUGGAAGCCACCACAAUUAAAGCAUCUCGAACUUGGCAAUUCAUAUAUGGUAUAUCCUCCAAGUGCAGAUAAAAAGGAGUUUAAAACAUUAUCUUGGGUGGUGAGACCAGUUCAUUGCAGAAAAAAGAUGUACAGCAAGUUCCCUAACAUAAAAAAUUUGAAAAUUUUGCUGAAGGAUGACAUAGAGCCCCCCAGUCACAUUGGAGGAUGUUGCAAUAAUCCUAUUAUUUUGGAUCAUUUUGACUAUUUUAAAUGGCUUGAGAAGCUAAGCAUCUCAGUUUCUAUUGGUUGCAAUGCAGCCCUUCCAGAACAGUGGGUCUGUAUCCUUUAGGACUGAAGAAGUUGAAGUUGAAAGGGACUAAUAUUUCUCAGAGGGAUUUAAAUGUAAUUGCCAAGUUACCCCAGCUUAAGGUGCUCAAGUUGGAACAUGCCUUCCAUGGAACAAUAUGGAAAGUAGCCGAUGGAGGGUUUCCUGAAUUAAUAUUCUUGCUCCUUGAAGCUAAAGAACUCAAGCAAUGGGUACUUAGCUCCCAGUUUGGCCUUUUCAAAUUCAGACACUUAGUCUUAAGAUCUUGUAAUUGUUUGGAACGGAUGCCAGAGAAUUUUAUAGGUUACUGCUUGGAGUCAAUUGAGUUUGAGGGGUGUCACUCUUCCCUUGUUGCUUCUGCCAAGCAGUUUCAGCAGAAGAGAAGAUUAAAAAAUCUUAAGAUCAAAGUUCUGGACCCUAAAUAUGAUGAAUCACAGAAUACUCAUACAGAAGUGUCUAGUAAUUUACUAUGACAUCAUUAUGAAUACACAUACAGAAGUUGGUAAUAGAUGGUACUGAAACAUGGGCUCAAGAGCUUUCUGUCAAACAUUGUUAAGGAGAUCUAAAGUUAGGAUGUUCUGUCUUUUUGAAGAAAUCAUGUUGGUAGUUAGGCAAGCUGCCAAGCAGAUUGGUAUAUACUAAUUGAAUACCUUUUUGAAAAUUUUUCAAGCUAGGAAGCUGCAAGUCUCAAGUAUUGAAGAUCUACAGGGUAGUGAGGAGAAUUGGAAAAGGUUUACUAGCAACUUGGAGAAUACCUUCCAUGGAAAAGUAUGAGAAGUAGCUAAAGGAGAAUUAUGUAGACUGAGAUUCGUGCUUCUUGAAGCUAAUAAACUCAAGCAUUGCACGUGCAAUGGUGAUUUCCCAUGUCUCGAGUGACCAAAACUCUUAGACCCUGAAUAUGAUGAAUCACAGAAAACACAUACAGAAGUGUCUAUGUAAGAAGUCUUAUCCAGCCUCAUAGUAUACAACUGCUAGAAAAUGAGUAUCCAAAAGUUGCUAAUAGAUGGUAUUAAACCAAGGGCUGAAGAGCUUUUUGUCAAGAAGACAAUGGGUGACUUUUUAUUACCAGACAUUAUGAAGGAGAUGCUUUUGCAGAUUGUUAUUCUCAUUGAAUACAUUUUUGAGGACAUUAAGGAUAAACUGCCUCAAUCAGACAUAACAGACUGAUAAAGUAUUCCUAGACCUACCCUGUAGGUCUUGUCAAAGGCAAUGGAUAGCACAGCUCAGAGUAUCCAAUGGUAUUGAAGCUUGGGCUCAAGAACUUCCUCUCAAUGCUGACUUCCUAACAUGAUGGAGACGAUGGAGUGGUACUUAAACUUAAGUUCUCCCAAUCCUAUUGGAAGUAGUCUUUUGGAUGACUCCUUGGGUUUCAGUACCUAUCAUUAGUGCUCUUGUUGCCAGGCUAGUGUUAGCCGUCUAGAGUGAGCCACUGUGAAUGUCAACUUAUCAAGGGGGAUGGAGGAGAUUCCAUGAGAGAUAAACCUACACAGUGAAAGGAAUCCAUCAAGGCUAUCACGUACUUACUAGCAUCUACAAGAUUCAAAAUUCCCCUUCAAGGUGAUGAUGUUCCUGCCAACCAUGGUAGAACAAUUUGAGAGUCACACUCUAUGCAAUGUUGACAAAAACCCCUAUUCCAUGC